AUGUCUGGUAGCAAAGUCAAAUUGUUUGUCACAAACCUCCCCGAGGGAUGCACCCCUUGGGAUCUCAGGAGGUGCCUGGAAAGCUUUGGGGAGAUCUCGGGCACGUACGUCGCAAGGAAGAGAGAUAAGCAUGGUUGUAGGUUCGGUUUUGCUUCGUUUUCUGGAGUCAAAGACAGUCAGGAGCUGUUGAGGAGCCUUGGAGGGAUCAGGAUGGGUGACUUCAAGCUCAAGAUUAAUGUAGCCAGGUUUGCGGUGGAGAACUCAAGGGCAUCCGGUGUGAAAGAAGGUCCGGUUGAGAACCUUAAACCUACAGGUCAGAAGCGUGAAGGGGGCACUUUUAAUGUAAGAGAUGUUAGGAGCUACAGGGAUGUGGUGGGGACGUCUAGUACCGGUAAUGGAUUUAUUGGGGCUCCGUUGUCUGAAGAGAAGGUCGUUGUGGUUCCCGACAGGGUGGGGGCGUUUAAGGAACUUCGUGGGGUGGCGGUAGUGGGUAGAACUGCAAACUUGGAAACCCUAGUUGAUAUUGACAGGCUUUUCAAUAUCGCUAAAAUUGUAGUAGCUAAUGUGCAAUACCUUGGCGGUAUGUCGCUUCUUGUUUCGUUUCAUGAUGAGGAAGCGGCCAAUCGGUUUCUAGAGCUCAAGAACAUCUGGGAACCGUGGUUCACCAAACUCGAUCCAUGGAGGGGUCAAACUCUCCCCUUUGAGAGAGUUGUAUGGUUAAAGUUGAGUUGGAUUCCCCUACAUUUGUUUGAGCCAGAUGUUAUGGGUCAGGUAGGCGGUUUGUUUGGCAAAGUUCUCCACGUGCCGAACUCGUUCGAGGAAGAUCAGGACCUGUCGUUCAUUAGGGUUGGGGUUCUUGUCGGUCAUUCGAGUAAGAUUGAGGAAGAGGUUGUCCUGAAGUGGAAAAGUAGAUCGUUCAGAAUUCGGGUUGAGGAGGAUCACGAGGUCUGGGUGCCGGAUUGUUUUAGUCGUCUUUCCGAUUCAGGGUCGGAAGGUUUCCCUGCUUCGGACGCUUCUCCGGCUGACGAUAUGCAUUUUUCCGGUGAUGGUGUUCAGGUGGAAGAUCAAGUGUCGGAUGGUGUGGGGGUUGGUCACAGGCCAGCUGAAAAGUCGCCGGUGUGUGAGGUCCCCAGCUCCCAUGCAGAUCCUCCCGAGAUGUAUGGGGAAAAUGGUUAUGACGCCGCCAAUAUUAAUGAGGAGAGAGAAUUUUUGCCUUUUAUUACUAAACAAGGCCAGCAGAAGUCGGUUGGGGGUGGGCCCGAGGUUCUUGGGAUUUUUAUUAGUGGGUCAGGAGAGAAGGUGGGCCGGCCCAGGAGAAGAAGUGCAAUGGGUCAAAGGCUUUCGGUUCCCAAAACCCAUCGGGUGGUUAACAGUUCUCCAGAGGAAGUUCGGCCCAGAAAAAGGUCAAGGGGUUCGACUGAGGAAGAAGUCCCUGGGUUUGGUUUUGUGGGUUUCACAUCUAGGCUCGGCACUCCUCUGGAUCUUAAUUCCCUUGCCCCUUCCUCUGAGUCGCCGGCGAAUGUUAACAAGGAUCAUAAUGAGGGGAUUCAGGUUCAUGGCGAGUCCGUGGAGAAAGAAAUUGAAGCCACCAUUAAUGUCGGAGCUCAGGUGGGAGUCGAGUUUGGUCAGAAGGUUGAGCAGGCUUGUAAAAUCUUGGGAUCUACAGGUAUUAAUGUGGUGGGAUCAUGA